AUCAUAUGCUAGGGUAUUUUUGAGGGGUGGGACUCACGUAUAACUAGGACGCUUCCAGCUAUAUAUAUUCAUGAAUUUAGUCAAACAAUAGCGCAUCAGUAGUCCUCCCACGAUAAUCUAGCAGAAGCAGCAGCAGCAGCAGCAGCAGCAUAAAAUUAAGAUGGAGAGGGAAAGGAAGAUGAUUAUGAUGAUGAUGGUGCUGAUGAUGGUUACAGUAGUAGUUGGGGGAAAUGAAUACGAGUAUGAUGAUUCUCUGAGUUUCUCCUACUACCAUGGAAGCUGUCCAGAAUUGGAAAGCAUCAUCCACAACAAAGUUCACCAGUGGCUCAAAAACGAUUCCACACUUGCUCCGGCUCUCAUGAGGCUUCACUUCCACGACUGCGUUGUAAGAGGAUGCGAUGCUUCCAUUCUCCUGAACCACCAAGGAAGCGAGAGAAGCGCUGCAGCAAGCAAGUCGCUGAGGGGAUUUGAAUUAAUCGACGACAUCAAGGCGGAGGUUGAGAAGAAGUGCCCAAAGACAGUCUCCUGCGCCGACAUUCUGACGGCAGCCGCCAGAGACGCGACUGUUGCAGUGGGAGGCCCCUUCUGGAUGGUGCCUUACGGCAGAAAAGACGGGCGCAUAUCAGUGGCCAAGGAGGCGGAAUAUGUUCCUAUGGGUCACGAGAGAGUAACUGACUUGAUUGAAUUGUUCCAGUCCAAAGGGUUGAAUGUACUGGAUUUGGUGGUGCUGUCGGGAGCACACACCAUUGGAAGAAGCAGCUGCGGGUCGUUGCAGUAUAGGCUGUUCAACUACAAAGGCACACACAAACCCGACCCAUCCAUCCACCCAAAGUAUCUCAACUUCCUGAGAAGAAAAUGCAGGUGGGCAUCCGAGUACGUGGAGCUGGACGCCGUCACACCAAAGGCAUUCGACGUUCAGUACUACAAGAACCUUCAGAAGAAAAUGGGGCUCCUCUCCACCGAUCAAAUGCUCUACUCAGACUCAAGGACUGCUCCUCUCGUCUCUGCAUUCGCUUCCCAGUCGGAAGUCUUCCACCAUCAGUUCGCUGCCUCAAUGCUCAAACUCGGAAACAUUCAGGACUAUUCAGCUGAUGACCAACAUUCUGAAAUUCGAUUCAACUGCAACUCUGUCAAUGCCUAAUAUUAUAACAUUCAUGAUCACUAUUUCCACAUGUGCCUGCCUCCGCCUCCGCUUAUAUAUAUCUUUUUACCAUUUUCAAAUUUUCCUCGCCCCGCCACCGGCUUCAUACCAUGUAAGAGAUACUUUGUAUCCGCUGGAUAUUUUUAAUUUGAUUUCUUCUUCUUUUAUUAUUAUUAUUAUAAGUUUUUAUGGGGUGGCGAUUAAAAAUCAUAUGCUC